CCCCACGGGCCGCCGCUGUAGUGACGUCAGACUGGCGCACGGACCUUCCCUGCAGCAGGGGUCCUGCGGUAGACCUUUCUUUUUCCGCGGCGGAAGCUGCCGGCGUCGGUGCUUAACGGUGCGCGGCCUUCCGCAGCCAGGGUUCCGACCUGCGAGCUCCCGGGAGCCGCGCGCCAUCUUCACCGAGCGCCAUGGUUUCGGCCGGCGGGCCGGAAGCGGCUGGACGCUGCGCUCUGUUCAGCCUCCUUUUGCUUCUGUUGAUCGCGGGCUCUGCCCGGGGCUGGAACGACCCUGACUGUCUGAUGUCAUCGUCUCUGACUCUUGUCAUGGCUGCCUGUUGCUGUACCUGGCAGUUGCCAUGGCACCGGCAGUCCUUGAGUCACACUUCGUGGACAGGGCUGCAAACCUUGGAGACAGAGUAUUGUUGCGGGAUAUAAAAGCUCUUACCCUCCACUAUGACCGCUAUACUACUUCCCGUAGGUUGGAUCCGAUCCCACAGUUGAAAUGUGUUGGAGGCACAGCUGGAUGUGAUUCUUAUACCCCCAAAGUCAUACAGUGUCAGAACAAAGGCUGGGAUGGUUAUGAUGUACAGUGGGAAUGUAAGACCGAUUUAGAUAUCGCGUACAAAUUUGGAAAAACUGUGGUGAGCUGUGAAGGCUAUGAAUCCUCUGAAGACCAGUAUGUACUGAGAGGUUCCUGUGGCUUGGAGUAUCACUUAGAUUACACGGAGCUUGGCCUGAAGAAAUCGAGAGAGUCUGGAAAAAACCAUGGCUUUAACUCUUUCUCUGAUUAUUAUAAUAAGCUGUACUCCCGAGAAUCUUGUAGCAUCAGUGGAGUGCUUACCAUCGUGGUGCUACUUGCUAUUGCCUUUGGAGUUUAUAAAUUCUUCCUUAGUAAUGGUCAUGAUUCUCCUCCACCAUAUUCUGAGUAUCCUCCAUAUUCUCAUCGUUAUCAGAGAUUCACCAAUUCUGAAGGACCCUCUCCUGCAGGCUUUAAGUCUGAGUUCACAGGACCGCAUGGUGCAACUUCUGGUUUUGGCAGUGCUUUCACUGGACAACAAGGACAUGAAAAUUCAGGACCAGGGUUCUGGACUGGCUUGGGAACUGGAGGAAUAUUAGGAUAUUUGUUUGGCAGCAAUAGAGCAGCAACACCCUUUUCUGACUCGUGGUACCACCCAUCCUCAUACUCCAGCUCGUGGAAUAGGCGUGCUUAUUCACCACUUCGUGGAGACCCAGGAAGCUAUUCAGCGUGUUCAAGCUCAGAGCCAAAAAGCAGAACAGCGUCAGGAUAUGGUGGUACCAGAAGACGAUAAGAAAGUAAAAAGUUGGGAUCAAACACUGGAUGCAAAACUUCUGAUUUUUCAUCACUUUCUCUUAUAAAACGUGCCCCUUGCUAACAGCUGGGGAAAGAGAAUAUGCAAAAGUUCUGUGGUGUUUUGUCCUGUAUAGCUUUUUGUGUUCUGUUAUUUGAGGCUAGGGGUUGACAUGACAAAAUGCUUAUCUAGAGAAUCAUGUUUGUGUAACAUGCAGAUGUAUAUUAUAGUUUUUGAAAGUGAUGACUACUGUAGAAUGCUGAGAAUGUAUUGUGUGAUUUCUGACACCUGUGAUGCCAUAAGAAGCAUUAAGAAUGAAGGCUUUAUACCAUUAGACACUGAGUACAGAAAUUUUCAGUCUUAGGUGGUUUUAGUUGUUGAUUCAUUACAUCAUAGAAGCGAUAAUAAUCUAUUUGGUAUGUGUUAUUGGGUGUUUGCUGUUCUUCAAACAUUUAAACCAAACUUUGGACUACUAAUUAUACUUCCUUGUGUGUUUUGAUCACUUCUGAGCUCAGGAGCUUUGAACCUGUCAGUGGUGUGUGGGGUUCUGGUAAGUGAGAACUACCUUUUUAGGAAAAGGUAGAAAAUAAGUAUCUAGAAGGUUAUUUUGAAUGGCAGUGUGCUGACAAAAAUGCUUGAAGCCUCCGUAUUCAUUUUUUUAAGAAGUAAAGUUCAAGUGCUUCAGCAAAGGUUUUCUAAUAACAGAAGCAUGUAGUUCUCUGUGGAAUCUCAGAUGUUGUAGCAGUCUGUGUCAGUCUUACAUUAAAAUGACAGAAAAAAUAAAAACAAACAAAGGGUUUUAUUCUUUCUUUCUA